AUGGAUAAUAACAAUAAUUUUGUUGGUAACAAUACUAAAGUGACAAUGGAGACGAACUCGAGUCUUCUGAAAGUAGUCGGAAACAACUGCGUCAUUUAUGUUCGUACUAAUUACGGCGACAUCGAGGUGGUCGGCAACAAUUGUCGGGUGGAGGUGACGAAUAACUACGGGAUCAUCCACGUUGUGGGCGCAAACAGCCUUGUGAACAUCAACAAACGUUGGAGAGGCGACAGCGUUCAGCUCCUCGGGGCGAAUUGUAGGCUGAUCGUUGCGGGGAAGCUGAUGUCAGCCCCGUCCUACGAAGCCCAACUGUCGCCAUCCAGCACGGACCUGGACGACGUUAUUGAACCGAUUUUCCCAUUCGUGAUGCGGUGA